AUGAGGAAUGUUAUUUGUUUACAAUUCGUGAUACCGUCCGCUGUCUGGAGUCGGAAGAACUACGAUUCUGGAGCAUUCGCCGGAGAACACACCUUCAUUCCUUCCUUCCUUCUGGAGUCGGUUUUUGGGUAGGUGCGUCGAUGAACUGUAAGUUGGCGAUAUAUUUUGAUGUGAAAUUCGAACUUCAUUCUUGGUUCCUCAUUUUAAUUCCCUCUGCCGGUUCAAGGGAGGGAAUUUUUCAGUUGUAUUAUACCCAAAUGAUUCUUAAUUCAUGAUGUUUUGAAGAUAUUACAGUGUGAUAAAUUGAUGAUACUAUCAAUUUAUUAUGUUAGGGUCUGUAAUAUGGUUGGUUAUAGUAGCUGCUUUAUGGGGGUUUUCUACUCCCUUAAUUCGUCACGGAAGUGCUGGUAUUGAAAAUAUCAGUUAUAGCAAUCCUAUUAUUCAGUGGUUAGCUGAAUUGCAAUUCCUGGCAACCAACUGGAAGUACAUUUUCCCCUUUCUUAUAAAUCAAAGUGGAUCUGCUUUGUAUGCACUAGCCUUAGGGUCUUCUGAUUUAUCACUCGCUGUCCCGUUAACUAACUCACUUACGUUUAUAUUUGUGAGCAUUUCUGGACGUUUACUUGGAGAACAAGAAGGGAAAUCAGUUUCUUAUAUUGGAAUGACACUAGUAGCUGCUGGAGUUACACUUUGUGUAUUGGAAAGUACAUUUAAAUAAAAUUUCAGG